AAUGAGCGAAGUAUGGCGUUUUGAACUCGUGUUACCGGUGUAUGUCGUGCCCACGCCAUUCACCUGUGGCCACACUUGGCCGCAGAUAUAUCAAAUGCACCUGGUACUCUGGUGGUUAAUUAAUCUGCAAGUUUGCCUGACCACGCAGCAACGAAAUUAUUAUUAGAGUAUUUGACUUUAUCGUGGUCCUGAUAAGUUGCACGUACCAAAUGUCAUGGCAUGUAGGAGAAGACGGCAACACUCACGCCCAGAUCACAGUGACAGGCGUAUACCCAACAACAUGGACCAGCUUGCUUUCAAAUACAUGGAGAUGUGUAAAGUGGAGUCCAGCACUGAUUCGGAUUCAGAAAUCAGUCCAAGAUGGUCAGACACCAGCACUAUGGGAUGUGUGGGUAGUGUACCAGAGUGUGGGACAUUACGUCGGACACGGCCACUGAAGCCUGCAGCAAGAAAUGGUUGCUAUUCUUUGUUUUUGGACCCAUACGAUGGGAGCUCGGAGGAUUCAGAUGAGUCAAACAUCGAUGUUGGUGUCUCCAGGCGAACAAGGCAGCAGGGACAAGGAGGAGGUGGAGGAGGUCGGUUUUCGGACCGGAGCAGGAGAUUCAUCCAUCAUCACCCUGCUUCCAUUGCCCUCAGAGAAGCGAUGAAAAAUGGGAUGAGAGACCCUGUGAUGGAGCAGCAACAUCUUUUGGAUGUCCAGAUGAAAUGCGGGAGUGACCCCGAGCUGUGGGUCUGCGAGCUCGACAUGCUGCCCUCCCACAAUGACAAGUUGACAGAUGACGGUUGUAGAGAUCUUACAGCAGAAAUGGAAAAAGAUUCAACAAUACACGCCCGAACCAUGGAGAUUGAAUUGCAACUUGAUGACUCAGGCUUGCACGCUACAAGAUCCUCCACCCCUCACAGCCCUGGACCUCUCACCACAAUGGGAGGGAGCUCGUCCUGGAUUCUGGAUAGCUCCUCAGAGAGAUCCCCCAGCCCAUGUAACCUCAGGUCUCUCUACAAGAGGAAGCUGGGCCUCCCUGGAGCAGAAGUGGUGGAGCUGGGCCAAAGAAAGAGGCAGUGUGUUGUCAACAUGGAGGAACAGGAGGCAGGGGACUCCGCAUCUGAACCAUGUUAGAGCCGUCUGACCAUGGACUGACAGAGUGGAGUACUGCAGUCAUAUUGUACUACUGUAAAUAGUUACCUUAAAUGCACUUUGGUUUAUUUUUCUACCUCCAGUAAUUUUGAAUGUCUCACAGGUGUCACAUGUUGUGCCCAUUGCCUCUUUUGAGCAGUUGUGAUUUUUGUUUUGUCAGGUUGAACUACCAUAGUAACCUGGGCCCCAUGAUAGAACAAGGUUCAAACUAUGCACUGGCAAUGAGGAAACUGCACAUUUUCCCAAUAAAAGAGAAAACAUGUUUUAAAAAGAACAUGAUGCAGCUUUUUUU